AUGGCGUCUUCAAUUAAUACGGCGCCUACGGACGACCAAACAGAGCCUCCCAAUGUCGGCAUCAAACGGGCACAAACCGCUCAGGAUAAUCAAGCCCAGAGACUCUUGCGCGUAGACCAGAUACUGCAAAGGCCACAGUCAAACCAGAUCGUUUUGGGAAAACAGCACUGGUUGUACGUCGCAUUAUAUCAAGACAAGGCAAGCUUUGCCCCGCUCGAUGGACUCAGCGAAAUUAUUGAUGAAGAUUCAGGCAUGCUUGCAAGCACCGAGGUGGAUAUUAAAUCGAUCUGGCUUAGAGACAUACUUUUGGAUAUAUUUGAUGGAGUAGAAGGACUUAGUCUAAACAAGACUCCUCCGACGUGUGAUCCCGAGUUACUUUUCUAUGCCAAAGAUGGCCUAAUCUCCAGGAAAUCGGAAGAGAAAGAAAAAGACGAACCAAAUCAAAGUUUGAUUAAUGAUAUUGGUACAGCGCUACGAUUUGUAGAUGAAGACUUCGCUCAUCAAAUGCAAAGUCUGGAUUCACUGCUUAAAAAUGGAGAAAUUUCAUUCGACCUGUUGUGGACCAUCAUGAAGCCAAAAGACCUCCUGGUCUCUAUGCAACAGGGUCUUACAUCCCAGAUGCAAGCAAUGGCUCUUGUCAGUGGGACCUAUAGAAAAAGAGAUAAUGGCAUGAGAUACUUCCAGCUCCAUAGUAGCAUAAUUUCCCACGAUGGAGAAGAUUUCGGCUAUGGUUUCUUAGACACCGAGAUAGACGAUUUCGAUGGUGUAAAGAAAAUCACUUCGUUACAAGCAUACCCCCUUCAUUAUGAUCCAGACCAAGAUACUACUCGAGAGAAAUUGAUCCAACGAGGGCGUAAGUACUUGUCCUUGAUACGAUCAUCCCCCAUGUGCCAAGAGUACACUAUCACAUUUGGUGUGAAAGAUAAUGAAUUUGCAGACGGAAGGACCAAGGUGCAAAAGGCUAACUUUCGUGGCCGUAUCAUGGUGGAUCCGGAGGCAUUCCGCUCUAAUGUUGGCUGGACUUCGGAUCUAAGUCUCCCAUAUAUCAACAGGGAAUACUUUAUCACUGGGAAAGAUUUGGAUUUACGAGAUGACCAAUUACUACUUUGCGCCAACUGGAUCAAUGGCUUCAGUUUGACGCACAAGACUUGGGGUCAGUUUUCUGUCAGUGGCAUGACAGACAUCGUUUGGAAUGAGGAUGCUUUCAAGAAGCUCGUCAUUCAUGAGACUAGACGAAAGUUGAUCCACGCAUUGGUCAGAUCCCACCGACAAGACGAUGCCACUUUUGAUGACAUAAUUGAAAAUAAAGGGAAGGGUCUUGUUGGAUUGCUCAGCGGUAGCCCUGGUGUUGGCAAGACUCUGACUGCUGAGGCUGUUGCUGAAGUAACCUCCCGCCCGUUGUACCAAGUCAGUACGGGAGAACUUGGUAUUGAUGCCGACGUCGUCGAUCGGCGCUUGGGUACGAUAUUAGAGAUCAGUAGACGAUGGGAUUGCGUUUUACUCAUCGACGAAGCGGACGUAUUUCUUGCAACACGAGGAGUUGACCUUGCUCGCGAUACCCUUGUCAGUAUUUUCCUGCGGAGGCUUGAAUACUUCCGGGGUGUUUUGAUCUUGACCACAAAUCGAAAGUCAGAAAUCGAUCCGGCUUUUCAAAGUCGCAUUCACUUCUCUCUUCACUAUCCUGAUCUUACUGAAACGAGCCGCUUGACAGUUUGGACUAAUUUUAUUGAUACUGUCGCCAAAAAAACCGGAAACGCUACCAUAGACUCGGUCGAUAUUGAGAAAUUUGCCAAGCAUGAGUUGAAUGGACGACAAAUCAAAAACGCAGUUUCGUGUGCGGUAUCGCUCGCAAGGGAGGAAAAUAUGCCACUUUCCGUAAAUCACAUCGAUAUGAUAUUGAGUAUCUCGGAUCUAUGA